AUGGCCGCCGCAGAACACAAAGAAAAGGCGCGCGACUAUCCUGUUGCCAUCGGCCACUACACGAGUGCAAUUCUCGCGGAUGGCACAGACCCGACAUUUCCCCUGAAUCGAGCCGCGGCGUAUCUUAAACUCAACAAGAACGAGGAUGCGGAACGGGAUUGCACACUCGUGCUCAAGCUCCAAGAAAAUAAUGUAAAGGCCCUAUUCAGGCGUGCACAAGCACGAGUAGCCCUUGGAAAGUUACAAGACGCACGAGCAGAUCUCGUGGCAGCUGCCAAGGCGGAGCCAGGAAAUGCUGCCGUCCGUACAGAGUUCACCAAGGUAGAGGCGCUGAUAUCCGAAGCAGCCAAAAAGGCCAAAACGGGAAAAGGGACACCAAUUUCACUUCCUACACGCGCUCCCGCUACAUCCGAGUCGUCGGAGACACCGUACCGACGAAGAGUACCCAUUGGUAUAGUGGAUGAUGAUGCACCUGAGAAAGGAGAAAACGACGAAGCAGCCAAGUCAAAGGCCACGUCGGCUGUCGCAUCGUUGAAGAGUAUUUUGAAAAAUACAUCUCCUUCUCUCUCUGAUCACCAAGCCACCACCCCUCCUACAACUCCAAAGGCGGAUAAUCUCCUCACCCCCGUUUCGACACGGACAUUGCCAUCUUCGGAAGUUUCCUCACAAAAGAAUCCAACUCCCCCUUCGUCAGCUUCGAAUCGAAAUCCUACUCAACCGUCACCACCCCCUCUGACUAAACCGCCAACUCCGCCUUCCCUUCCCACAACUUCUGCGCCAUCUUCCAAUGCCCUGACCACGCCAUCAGAGCCUCCAACAAAAAAGGACACCGACGAACCACCUCCAGCAUUCCCCCUCCAACCAGACUCGACACCUCCCACACUCUUGGGAUUCCUACAGAAAUGGUCAAAUACACGUACAGAUGCAGAUAGAGCCUCGAUUCUUUUCACCGUCCCGCCUGUAUCUAUUCCAACGCUUUUUGGCCCAACCCUCGAGUCACCGCUCCUAGGUACAAUACUAAGUGCUCUAUCAUGGGCACUUGUCUCUGCUCCCAAUUUACCUGCGGCCGAUAUACCUCGGCGAACUCUGGCCUAUAUGACCGCCCUGGCUCAGGUACCCCGAUUCUCGACUCUUGUUCUCUUCCUCGAUGCAGCCGAAAAGAAAUCUGCCAAGAAUGUAUGGAAUUUGUUAGAGAAGAGUGGAUUGGGCGUGGAUUUGGAAAAGGAAAAGAAGAAAUGGGGGUGUUGA